GUAGUGGUGAUGGUGUGGAUGUGUUGGACAUGUCGGGUGACGUCGAUGUGUCCGCGGAUGUGUGUCUGCGAUGACCACCAGUUGCGGACAGUGUGUGAAUGGGAGGCACACCUGGAGUACGUGCCGCACACCCUUAACCCAGCCCUCAAACAGCUCAUCCUCUUAGACAAUCACAUCCGUGGCAUUAAGUCUUCAUUAUCUGUGUAUAGAAAUCUAGAGCUCCUCGACAUCUCUCGAAACCAAUUGACGACUUUAGGUGAAGACAACUUCUUGGAGAGCAGUCGUAUUGAGACAAUGGUUUUGAACGAAAAUAAGUUGACAUCCGUUCAGAACAAUACAUUCAAUGGUUUGGUUUCACUCAAGAAGUUAUACUUAAGUCAAAACAAUUUACAAGAAGUCAAUGCAAACACAUUCAGACCAUUGUCUGGUUUAGAGUUUCUCGACUUAUCUCUCAAUCAAAUCAGAUAUAUAUCUGUCGACGCGUUUCGUGGUCUUCACAAUCUCAAUCAACUGAUCCUCAAAUCCAAUCUCUUGAAUGCAAUUCCGAGCAAUAGUUUCCAAUUUGUGCCAAAACUUCGGGUUUUAGAUUUCGCUCAAAACCCUCUCCACAACUUAACCGACGAUUCAUUUGCUUCACUCAUGAGUUUAACGGAUCUCUAUCUCGACAACUGUUCACUCAAUGCAAUUGAUUCCCAUUCCUUUCGAGGAUUGGUUAAUCUAUCGACUCUUAAUCUGACCACAAACCACUUGGAGGAAAUUCCUCUGAAGUCCUUCUCUGAUAUAAUUCUUUUAGAAGAGUUAAAAAUAGGACAAAAUUCCUUGAAAUCACUUCCAAAGAGAGUCUUCUCAAGUCUCCAACAUUUAAGGACUUUAGACAUCAGUAAAUGUGAAGCUCUUUCCUCCAUAGAGUUGGGAGCCUUUGAUGGUUUACCCCAUUUGGAGCGUCUGGAGCUCUCCAACAAUAAACAGCUCAUAAAUAUUGAUAACAAAGUGUUGAGUGAUAUUCCAAACCUUCGUUACCUAAAUCUUAGAUCCAAUGGCUUUAUAACAUUGGGCUUAGAGUUUGUGAACACAAUUGAUAGACAUAUAUAUUUAGACGUUAGAGAAAACCCCUUCCAUUGCAACUGUAGUCUGGAAUGGCUUCGCAGUUAUCUCUUGCUCUCCAAUACAUCAGUCAAACAGAUGGUCAACACGACGAGUGAAUACAUUUCAUAUCCAUUUUUAGAUUUGUUAGGAAAUGUUGUGGGGGUUGAGUGCGACAGCCCUCCCGCCCUCCACUCACGGCUCAUCAUAGAGUUAGGCAGCGAUGAGUUCGGGUGCUUUGAAUUGGACACUAAAAUCCCGAUAAUAAUUGCUAUACUAAUAGGCAUUCUAUUGAUAUGUGGAGUAAUGAUAAUAUUUGUCAUUCGUUGCAAAUACGGUCUCUCGGGACUCGUGAAGAGCCAGUGGCUGUCCGGAGACAACACCACUAAUACAUUGUCGCAUAGAAAUGAUCUCAACUACAGAAAACCAGAGUUUGUAUUCAUUCCCAACAUCGACCUCAACAUCGAUGAGACCAGUGCUGCGCUCGAAGAGACCACUCGCUAUCCAUUGAAAAUGACUCCAAUAACUGAACUGUGAUUUCAAUCAUUCAUUAAAUUUGAUUCUUAUAUUAUUAUUAUAAUUCCAUUUUGUGUUUGUUUUAUGAUAUCAUAUGAAAUAUGCAAACAAUUCCUUAUACAGUAUGACAUUAAUGUCUCAUAUUUUAACUCAUCACAAGACAUGUGCCCAUAAUAGCAGUCUAUCUCCCCAUGACUUAUGUAUUUUAAACUCAUUUGAAUCACUCGUGUGUCAGAAGAAACCACAUUCGCUACAAAAAUUAAUUUAUGGCCAAUGAGUGUGCGUUUAAUUAUUUCCAGUAUUUCCCGUUUUUGCUCAAUUUUUGACACUUUCAGUCAUUAAUAAGAUUAUAAUUAAUGAUUACUAUAAAUUUAAUAGUUUUGGACAAGUAUUAUAUCCCCUGAC